UCGUCGUCCCGCUCUUCCGGGUGUUUUGAGUCGGCGGAGCUAUGGCUCUGCGAAUGCUGCGCGGAGUGACCGGGGUAGCGAAGUUAUCACUGUUGUGCAGUUCUCAGAGGAGCACCAGCUGUAAGACAGGAGGAAGAUCGGAACCUGCUAAGCAGCCACUCAGGAAACCAAAGUUACCAGUAGGUCGAUUUGAUGAACCGGAGGAAUUCAGUGUAGAGAAGGAACCCUUGGAAAAAUUCCCUGAUGGAAUCAAUCCUGUCACAAAAGAGAGGGGUGGACCGAAAGGCCCUGAACCUACACGUUUUGGAGACUGGGAGCGAAAAGGACGUUGUAUAGAUUUUUAAUGUAUAAAUGUGUCUGUAUAGCUAAUAAAACAUUUCUAGUUGUUGAAAAAUAUAAUGUACAGAAAAAUCUUACCUGUGUUUAUUGUGAAGCUGCUUGUUUCUGUCAUGUUGAUGAUGAAUUUUCUGAGAGGUGUUAUGUAAAUAAACAUGAUGGUGCAACUCAAA